AUGAAGUUUGAGAAUAUACUUGCUGAGGUGGACGGCUUUGGAAAAUUCCAAAUAAGGACGAUCCUCUUGAUGGUUAUUCCUCGUAUUUCUUUACCACUUAACUUUUUACUAAAUAACUUCAUCGCUGCCAUCCCUCCUCACCACUGCGACAUCAGCUCCCUGGAUGAUGGAGGUAUUUUCAGGAAUUUAUCCCAGGCAGAAAGGCUUGUUGUGAGUAUACCUGUACAGGAGGAUGGGACUCAAAGCUCCUGUCAGAUGUUCACUGAGCCUCACUACCACCUGCUGCUCAACUCCUCCAACAUCACUGAACUACAGAGUGUGCCAUGCCAGGAUGGAUGGGUGUACGACAACUCCACCUUCAAGUCUACUCUGGCCUCAGAUGUAAGAUUUGUUUUUCUGUAUACAGCAAUUCAAAAAAAGCCACUUUGUACCUGACUUUUCUGUGUAAUGUCUGUGUUUUUCAUACAGUGGGAUCUGGUUUGUGAUAACAGAAGAGCGAACAGGGUCACCGCCACCAUUUUCUUCAUGGGGGUCAUGGUUGGAGCAGCAGUGUUUGGAUAUCUCAGUGACAGGUUUUGUUGUUUUUAAAUAGAAUCAGCUUUAGGUUUUAUUGUGAAAAAGGUUUACAUGUUUCAGAUGGAUCUUUAGGCUUUUGGUGAUUAACAGUCAUCUGAAAAAAUCAACGCCUUGUAUUAAGGUCCUUGUAAUUAGCAACGAUUAGAAGUUAAUCAGCUACUCAUGAGACCUUAGAAGAUCCUUAUAAACAUAAAUUAAGUGUUAAUAAGUAAUAAAUGUGAAUUACACAUUAAUUGUUGAUUAGACAAAAUACUUUUGAGUGUCUUUAAGGUUAAAAACUGUUAAAAUGUCUUUCAUUCAUAUAACCUGUAUGAGCCUUUUAUUUUAUAACUAACAUUUGUUACUGAUUGAAUGCCCCUUUGCUAGCACUCACUAGAAUCUAAACAAUUUAAAGACCAAUUAUUAACUUUGAUUUGAUUCUACAUAACUUAAAAGGAUUAUAAAUGGUUGAGAUUAAAGCGUUGCACUUAUUAACAGCUAACAAUGCUCAAGAUCACAAUAAGGCAUCCUUUGUGAAAAAAAAUUAACAUGUUAAAAAAAACCUUCUUAAGACACUUUUUAACACUUAUUAAUGUUUAUGAGCAUUUUACAAGGUCUUUAAAGUGACUUUUGCCAUUUUUUAAGUUAUUUCAUUUUUUCUCCCUCAGGUUUGGAAGGAAAACUAUGCUCCUGGUGUCGUACAUAGCGACCGCCAUCUUUGGAGUUGCCAGCACUUUUUCCCAUAACUUUGCCAUGUUUGCUGUCAUGAGGUUCCUCACUGGAGUAGGGAUAUCAGGAGUCAGUAUAAUUACCAUAGUCCUGUGUGAGUUUUUCUGCAUACUUUGGUCUGUCAUUUUUAAAAUAGACAACAAAGAAGAGGUAUCCGUAAAUUGACACUUGUAAAUAAAUUGUUAACUUUAGCAUUUAAUCGUUAAGUCUGUUUGAGCAGAUCUGAAAUAUUAGCAUAUUUUCAGGUAUUGAAUGGGUGGACAUUAAGCAUCGCACUGCAGUGGGUGUUUUAAUGAGCUUGGAUUGGAGUUGCGGUACUGCUCUACUUCCUCUUAUUGCCUAUUUUAUAAGGGACUGGAGGUACCUUACUGCCACAGUCACCACUCCACUGUUUCUGGCAAUAGUCACCUGGUGGUAAGGAUGAAAAAAGUAAUGGUUGAGAUUUCAUUGACCGUCAUUUCAGUGGUGUGAUUUGCAGAAACAUAGAUGAAAAAUCCUCACUUAGAUGUCUAUGUCACAGGUGGCUUCCUGAAUCUGCCAGAUGGCUGAUAAGCAAUGGAAAGGUCCAGAGAGCUCAUUUUUACCUAAGCCAGUGUGCGCAAAUGAAUUGCAGGGAGCAGUUCAUGGCUGACCUGAAGCCUGAGGUACAAAAUCCUGGGUUGUCCUAUCAGGCUUUUGAGAUAUUAGACAAUGCUUUACAUCUAAGGGCAUCACAUAUCACAAAACAGGAAUCACAUUUGCAAAACUGAACACAAGAUACUGUGUAUGAUUACCAGUAAAUUAAUAAAUUUUCUGAACAUUUUUGGUCUGUUAUAAAUAAUUCAACCAAUUUUCUCUUCCGUUCCCCAGGUUCUGUCCAAAGUGAUUCUUGUAGAAAAUGACAAAAGGAAAUAUUCUUAUUUUGACCUCUUCAGGACCCCUAGAUUGAGGAGACUGGCUUUUCUUACUGGCAUUGUGUGGUAUUUAUAAUUUUGAAUAUUUAAAAAAAAAUUUGUCUCCUAUAAAAUAGAUGUUAAAUAUUUUAAUAUUUGAAACGAAUUGUAGUCCUAUCAACCUGCUACCCAGGCAUUUAAAUAAACAAACACAGAAAAGAGGAGGCUGCAAGAACACAAUAAGUCAGACUUAAGUUUGAGAGUACAACAAUGCACUUAAUGGUGUCCUUGUUUCAAUAAAAGACGGAUAUCAAGAACGAAGGACUUCAACCUGGUAUUUCAACUUUGGUCUUCUUUUUUACAUAGUUCUUCGAAGGGUUAAUAAAGGUAGGUAGGUAGACAGACAGACAGACUGACAGAUAGAUUGCACAGACAAGGUUGUUUCUGCCAAAGACUACUAAAAAUACUCCAAUGUCUUUGUUAAGUUCCUCCAUAUUUCUGUUUAAGAAAGGUCUUGAAUGUACGGCUUUUAAUACAGUAAUUUGAGAUAAGAUAUUCCUUUAUCAUCCCACAAGGGGAAAUUCCAUGUAUAAGUGUUGUUAUUCUUGAUUUAGCAAAAGAUCUGAAUGUUUUUUUCAACUCUUCAAUACACGCGCAUACUGUGCCUUAACACCAUGCAAUGUUAGACAGACUUUAGAUGAAAUGUAACUUAUGAUGCAAAACCGCAGUUUAACUUUAAACCAUCACAGAUUCCUAUCAACAACACCAGCCAGCCAACAGGCAGCAAACAUUUUUGAGGCUAAUGUGUAACUUUUUGACCUGUUUUUCUGUCUUUCAUAGGUUUGCAGUGACCUGCACUUAUUAUGGCAUCAGCUUAAAUGUGACAGGAUUUGGCGUGAACAUUUACCUCACACAGUUCAUAUAUGGUGCUUCUGAAGUUCCAGCAAAACUGUUCAUAUUUUAUGCCUUAGACAAAAUUGGUCGACGGUUAAAUCAGGCUGGAACACUCUUCAUGACCGGACUCUGUAUCCUCUGCAACAUGUUUAUCCCAACAGGUGACUGUGAACAAAUCGUAUGAUCUUACAUACACUUGGUAUUUGGUAUACUAUAUUGUCAAAGUUACAACACUAAAAUUUCACAUUGUGUCUUUUAAUACGAGGUGAGAUAAAAGAUAUUAUUUCCCUUUCUUUCCAGACAAAUGGAAGGUCAGGACAGCUGUGGGGGCUCUGGGAAAGAUGUUUGCAGAGGCAGCUUUUACAACUAUAUUCUUGUACACAACAGAGCUUUAUCCCACCGUAAUGAGGUAGGAAACUUAUACAACACUUCUUUCUUCAUAAUAACUGUAAUUGAACCCUGGAUGUGAUUGUUCCCGGUUGCUUAUAUCCUAUCUAUUUUUGGCUACACAGGCAAAAUGGACUAGGUUUCUGUUCCUUCAUAGCUCGAUUAGGCGUAUCAGUAUCUCCUCUCAUCAUGGUACUUGAAGAAGUGUGGGGUCAUUUACCAAGUACCAUUUUUACCCUGGUGGCUUUUGUUGGUGGGCUGUCGGCAUCUUGUCUUCCUGAGACAAGCAAUGUUCGUUUACCAGAGACUAUUGAGGAUGUGGAACAGACCAGGUAUUGUGACCUUAAUUUGGCUUCAUUUCAAACAUUUGAUUGAAAGUGAAGCAGUAAUUAGCAAAUGUGUGUUUUGUGUUUCAGGAGAAGAUCAAUCUCCCCAUGUGAAGAGAAAUCCCAACUUUAA